CCUCUCUAAAUCAAUGCCUUUUAUAGGCAGGACUGCCUUUUAGAGACGCGCCUGCCUCCUGACUCUGAGCAACCUGCGCCUCUUACAUAAAGUAUAGCCUAGAGCACUGCUCAUCAUCCAGCAACCCGGAACAUGGAGCCGAGUCGCAGCUCCUCUUCACCAUGAGCAGCUGAGUCCGAGCUGAGGUCGCCUCCUUCCACUUUUUCUACAAGUUAUUCACUCAAGGUUGAAGGUUUCUGAUCGGACGGCAUGGGGAAUUUGAUCAAGGUUCUGACGAGGGACAUCGACAACAAUGCGGGAAACUUUUUCCUGGACUUUGAAAACGCUCAGCCCACUGAGGCAGAAAGAGAGUUAUGGGAACAGGUGAACAAGAUUCUGAUGGAGGCAAUGAGUGUUUUACAAGACCUGCAGGCCUACAGUGGAGCAGGAGAAGCCAUUAGACAGGCCAUCCAGCAGCCGAGUAAUGAAAGUGCACAGGAGAAAGCCUGGACUGCCGUGGUGCCGCUGGUGGGCAAACUAAAGAAGUUUUACGAGUUCUCUAUAAAGCUGGAAGGUGCCUUGCACGGCCUGCUGGGAUUCCUAACGAGUGUACGCUGCAGCCCCACACAGCACUUGGAGCAGGAGCAGGCACUGGCGCGCCAGUUCGCAGAGAUCCUCCACUUCACUCUGCGCUUUGAUGAACUCAAGAUGACUAAUCCGGCCAUUCAGAACGACUUCAGCUACUACCGCCGGACCCUGAGCCGUAUGCGAAUCAACAACUUGGGAACAGAGGAAGAGAACGAAGUAAACAACGAACUUGCCAAUCGCAUGUCUCUGUUCUAUGCCAAUGCUACACCAAUGCUGAAAACAUUAAGUGAUGCCACGACAAAGUUUGUAUCUGAGAAUCCUGAUUUAUCUAUAGAAAACACGACAGACUGCCUAAGUACGAUGGCGAGCGUGUGUAAAGUCAUGUUAGACACCCCGGAGUACCGUACCCGUUUUGCGAGUGAAGACACAGUGUUGUUCUGCCUGCGUGUGAUGGUGGGGGUCAUCAUCCUCUACGACUACGUUCAUCCUGCUGGAGCUUUUGUCAAGUCCUCAAAAAUUGAUAUGAAAGGAUGCAUUAAAGUCCUCCGGGAUCAGCCACCUAACAGGGUAGAAGGUCUCCUUAACGCUCUCAGGUACACGACAAAACAUUUGAAUGAUGAGACUACCUCCAAGCAAAUCAAAAACAUGUUACAAGUCUGACAGUGUGUUCAGAAAACGGUACUUUUUGGUACUUCUUUCGAGCCUCUUCUAAUGGGACUGCUUUAGCGGGAGUUUUUUUUUUUUUUAAAGACAGACAAGAAUGGCCGUGUGUCAGGUGGCAGCUAGCGGGAUACACUGCUGUAUGGUGGUCUUGACGCAACUCAGAAAAGGAAGCUCCUAUGCUGUGUUUUUUUUUUUAUUGUUCCUGUGUAUUUUUUUUUAUAAUUGACAGAGUGCUAGGGCAAAAACAAAUAUCUGUUUAUGUAGUUUCGCUAUUAAAGGUUGUUUUGACAUUUGAUAAAUCUUUUGAACGAAAUAAAGAAACUGUUGAAAUCUG